GGAAAUCCGAAUCGUUCUGAAACUAGACAUAAAUCCUUGAAGUUUUAUAAUUAAUAAUGUGAGGAAAAUGGCAGAUAACACAUUUGAAAUUGAUGAUGAACAGAGAGAAAUUCGACAGAAAUUAAAGGCAGCUUUGUAUUACACCACUCUGAAAAUCAGUGAUGAGCUGGCUGAAGAGAAGGAAGUGACACUUAGUCGUCAGGUGGUUGCCAGUAUUGCUGAGACAACAUGGAACCAGUGUCAACAGUUUGCAGAGGAUCUAGAGAUGUUUGCUAAACAUGCCAAAAGAAGUACAGUUACAGCAGAUGAUGUGAAACUACUCACAAGAAGAUCACAAAAAUUGCACAGAUUUAUUUGCCAAAAGCAUGAAGCUUACGUAGAAGAAAAACAGGGAACAAGAAAGACAAAGAAACCAAGGUCCAAGUCUUCCUCUGCCACUGAGACUUCUGGAUUACAGGUGGAGGAAGAUUCUAAUAUGGAGUGAAAUUUGAUGCCAGUUUAAAAAAAAAAUUCUUGUGAUGGAGAAGUAAUCAUUGUCCUAUAUUUUAUGGUUAUUCUAUCAUGUAUGAUGAUUCAUGUAUGAUGGAUUCAAAAAUAUGUAUCAAUUGUAAUUAUAGUCAUGUAAUCUUAAAGACUGUAUUUCAUUGCAUGAAAUGUCAUUCUAUGUUGGUUUAUUCCAGUGGGACAGAAAUCAAGGUGUAUUGAUUGUUUCAUAUUUGAUAAGGAAACACUGCAUUUGCUUUGGGAAUAUAAGAGUUAGUAUAUUUUUAUACAUGUGACACAUUGCAAAUACAUUUUCAGUUUGUUUUAAAUAGGCAGCAUUGCUUUUUGGUAGGAUUCUUAGAUUUGACUUAAAAGAACUUUUACAAUUCCUAUGAUGUAGAAGAAGGAAUCAUCAUUUCUACAUUUAGCUGUUUACUCCUGAUCCUACUUUGGCCAGUUUGUGGUACAUGAAUAUUUGACAACUGUAGAAUGAGGCUAAGGUGGACUAUUUGUUUUUGAAAAGCUUCUGAUGUGCAUUCUUUUUUGCUACUUAACUAUUGUAAAAGUUGUUUUUUAUAAACAGAAAUAAAGGCUACUGGUACACAAAGUCUGACCAA